AUGGCCUUCACGACUUCUGCCAACUUGCUGGUGCUACUACUUUCGUUGUCGGUCACAAGCAUCGCUUCAGUGGUGACGUACCGUCUGUUCUUCCACCCACUCUCUAAAAUCCCUGGCCCAAAACUUGCUGCCGCUUCACGAUUCUAUGAUUUCUACUAUGACUGCAUUCAGAGGGGUAAGUUUGUAUUCAAGAUCGAGGAACUGCAUAAACAAUAUGGACCCAUAGUCCGGAUUGGACCGAAUGAAGUCCAUAUCUUAGAUGCGGACUUCUUCGAGGAAUUUCACAAUGUUUCUAGCCGUCUCAACAAGGAUGCAUGGUAUUAUGCAUUCGUUGCGUCUCAAGAUGCUGGGUUCGGUACCAGCAACGCCGAUCUUCAUCGCACCAGAAGAAAAGCCAUGAGUCGCUUCUUUUCGUCGUCGGCGAUCGCACGCCUCGAGGCAUCGUCUAGAGAAAAAGUUCUCAAGCUCUGCCAGCGUUUUCAGGAAUUUCGUCAGAGUGGCAAGUUGGUGAAUUUGUCAAACGCUUUCCGAUGCCUAGCCGCAGACUCAGUAACCAGCUAUUGUAUGCCCAGAGGAUUCAAUUUACUGGAAUCUAUCGAUUUUGCAGAUGAUUACAAUCGACAAGCCCGAACGUUUUCGUAUAUCGCCGUUUGGCAUCGCCAUAUUCCGAUCAUCAUCUCAAUUUUCAUGCAAAUGCCAAGAUGGUUUGUCAAAGCGACAUCAACAGAAGGAGGAUUAUUAUCCUUUGAUUUCCAAACAGAUCUGGCACAUCAAGCCGCUGCUGCAGUACAUGCAGAGAAGAGAAGCGACAAGUCCGUACUUGAUGGGAUCAUCAACUCCGAUGCCAUUCCAGAGAGCGACAAGACGGUUGAUAGAAUGACACAAGAAGCAAGAACACUGGUUGGAGCCGGCAGUGAAACCACAGGCUCUUCCCUUGAAUUUAUAACCUACCAUGUUCUUGCUAAUCCGGAUAUCCUUCGACGCUUGAAGCAGGAGCUCUCUGACGCCGUUUCUAAGGCAGGCGCAAUUGAGGAGCCUCUAACCCACUAUGACAUUGUCCAGCCUCUACCCCUUCUCACUGCUGUCAUCAAUGAAGGUUUGCGUCUGGCCAACAGUGUGUCGGGUCGACUCGCAAGAUCGAAUCCUCGUACCACGUAUGAGUAUAAAUCCUACAUAUUGCCACCAAACACUGUCAUCAGCAUGGCGAUCAAGGGCAGCCAUGGAGAUGAAUCAAUAUACCCCGAACCCACGCGCUUCAAUCCAGAUCGAUGGUUUGUGAAAGGAAACGAGUUGAAGAGGCUAGAGAAGUAUUUCUCUCCAUUCGGACGCGGAUCACGGAGUUGCAUAGGAAAAGAGCUUGCAGUCAUGAAUCUUUACCUCAUGACGGCAAAUUUCUUCUACAAAUUCGAUGCUGAACUCUUCCAAACCACUUUGAGGGACAUUGAGAUGGAGCAUGACUUCUUCGCACCAUUUCCGGCUAAUGACUCCAGAGGUCUGCGAGUCAACCUGAAGUGA